AUGAAGCGCACAACCAACAAAUCCCCCGCCAAAGGAAAGGGCAAGCAAGUAGACCGCCCUGUCAAGAGAGCCACAGUCGCGGAUAGCAACUCGGACGACGGCAGCUUUGACGACGAGAGCGACGGAGAGGACGAUGGGGAAGCACGUAAGGCCGCCCAACUAGCAGCUCUCGAGGCCCACUCUCGAGCUCUACUCGGUCUCCCUCCUCUCUCCCCACCUUCCAAACCCAACAACCCCCCGGACGAUAGCUUAGAUCAGUCAAGUGGAGAAGAGGCAGAAGACGACGAGGGAGAAGGAGAAGACUUUGAAAGUGAUGAUGGAUGGGGAGCCGAGGAUGGGUUUGUGAGCGAUAGCGAGGAUGAGCUUGCCCCCCAACUUCCCACAACCAAAUUAAAGCCUACAGCCCCCCCUACCGAGACCUCAAAUGUACCAGUCGUCGUUUUUGACCAACCCAGUGCUUCCUCUUCCUCUACUCUCUCCAAAGCCGAGCGCCGUGCUUUCCUCACCGGCAACUCUACCAAAAUGAUGGGCAUCACCUCCACCCCCGACUACCCCCCCUCCCGCAAACGUUCCCGCCAAACCGCAGAAGAAGACGACGAAGACACCACCGCCGCCUCCCUCGACAAAUCCCUCCACUCCAUGCUCCUCAACUCCCUCCUCCCCGAACACGCCGCCUCCCUCGCUUCCCGCCCCGUCGACAAACGCAACGCCAUGUCCGCCAGACUCCUCGAGCUUGCGAAUUACGAGCUGCCUGGCGAGGGGAGCAAGGUGAUGAAGACGCAGCACUUGAGCAAACAUUCGGCGAAGAUUAGGACGGGGAUGGUGCACAAGCAGGAGGCGAGGGAUAAGGCGAAGAGGCAGGAGGCGAUCGAGUCGGGCAACAACGUCCGCGGUAUGAGCAGCUUGGGCGAGGGGCUCAAAAAGUCUGGCUCUGGCUCUGGCUCUGGCGGCAAGGGGUCGCAACGAGCAAUGAUGGGUAUGGAGACGGGCAAAAAGAAGGGUAUGGAAAGCCGGAAGAAGGGCGACGAAGACAGAGCUCGAGGUCUGGGGAUGGGCGUCGGAAGGUUUGCUGGGGGGAUGCUAAAGUUGACAAAGGGCGAGAUUGAUGGUGUCAAUGGCGACUUUGAGAGGCGGAGAGAGAGUAGUCGGGGUGGAAGGGGUGGGCGAGGAGGAAGGGGCGGUCGAGGUGGAGGAGGGCGCGGAGGGGGGAGUCGAGGGGGAAAGAGAUAG